UAGCAUUUUAGAAGCACAUUCUUGUGGGAACAACCAGAGUUAUUACAAACGCCUGUUUCCAUUGGGCAUUUGCAAAUUCAGACAGUGUGGAAAAUGCAAUCCUGGAAAAAUCUCUUCUUCUCCUCGUUGAAAAAUCGCUCCGCAGCGCCUCCCAAUCUCCUUAAAGGAUUCCACUCUACCAGUUAUAAGAGGUCAAACGGACAGAAAGAUGCUCCUAUGUUGUCUGGUCAACCCCGGAGUUCAGCCUCAGGUUCAUGGAGAUCAUAUGCAUUACCUGGGGCUCUUUUAGGUGGAGUUGGAGGAUUAGUUCUUAUUUUACAUUACAAUGAUGAACGGAGAGCAAUCCCUAAAGGUCAGGGCGUAAAGUUGGAAAGUACAAAUCAAGGGCCAAUCAUUGGUAGCCGGUUCAGUUUAAUUAAUGAGGAGGGUAAACCAGUAACUGAGCAGAGCUUCCUGGGAAACUGGGUUCUUCUCUAUUUCGGUUACACACAUUCUCCUGAAGUUGGACCAGCUGAAGUCCGGAAGAUGGUGAGAACCAUUGACAUACUAGAAGGAUCAAAACCCGAUGUCAAGAUUCUUCCAGUAUUUGUUACCAUUGAUCCUCAGCGUGAUACCCCUUCUCAACUUCGUGCGUAUCUUCGAGAGUUCGAUCCAAGAAUAGUAGGAUUGACUGGACCAGCCUCUGCAGUCAGGCAGAUAACACACGAAUACAGGGUGUUCUUUAAGAAAGUUGAUGAAGAAGAAGAAGAUGAUUAUCUGGUCGAAUCUUCUGAGAACACGUAUUUGUUGAAUCCAAAAAUGGAAGUGGUGAGAUGUUUUGGAGUGGAGUACAGUGCAGAGCUUCUUGCGGACGAAAUUGAGAGGGAGACGGGGAAGGAGACCAAUGCCAUUCAACAUCAUUAGGGUGGGGCUUGUGGACUAAAGAAAACCAAAUGUGUGGUUUUGGUUUUUGCAGUUUCAAUCCAUUUGCUCACUUCAUUCCCCACAAUCAACUUUCGGUCUAAGCCUCCCAUAUUAAGAAAAAACAUUGAAUUCACCUUCCCAUUGGAUUAAAUAUAGAGGAAUUCACUUAAAUAAUACUAAAACAUAAUGACUUUCCUUAAAUAGAACCACAUGUGUUUUUCUUCCCAAUAUAGCACUUUUAGUCAU